AUGGCACGGCGCGGAGGGCUGCGUGACGCUCCCUUCGACUCGUACGAGGACUAUGCGUACUCUGGUUCGGACGAAGAGUUUGACCUUGUUGACGAGGAGUCUGCUGCCAAGGCUUCUCAGUUUGUGACGUCCAAGUUUCAGCACUUUGUGCAGGCGUACUCGUCGCAGCUGAGCUCGAUCGAGGAGGCGCUGGGCACGUCGUCGAGCCCGCUGUGGUGUGUCGAUCGAUCUGCGCUGGCGGUGGAUGUGACGCCGACAGAGCAGGCCACGUUUCUGGAGCUGGCUGGGACCGAGAACAAGGUGCUGAACAAGAUUGUGGCGACGCUUGGGGCACUGCAGUCAGAGGCUGCGCUGCUCGAGUCCGAGGCUGCCACUCAGGUCUUUGCUCCGCUGGCGAUGCAUGGUGAAGCGCUGACAGGCGACGAGGACGCCGAUGAUGGCGAGACGCAGGUGGCGAUGGGCCGGCUGCUGCCGCUGCUGCAGUCUGUGUGUGUGUUUGUGCGGCGGGCGUACGAUGUGGUCCGCAACCUUGUCCACCAGCUGGCGUCGCUCUACUCGCCGGCGCAGACCUUUUUCGUUGUCCGCGACAUCCACCUGCGGCCGGCGUUUGAGGCCAUCGGUACGGUGCUCCGGGUCCUCAUCACGCUCGAAGAGAUUAUCAAGCAGAAUGCGCGGCUUAAGGACGGCUGGGUGCUGUACAGGCGGAUGGUGAACAACAUGCGCAACGAUCCCGAGACGUACGACACUGAUGAGGACGAGCUGCGGCUGCUCAAUCGGACGCUGGGCGACAUCGACACGACGCUCUUUGACGACAUGGUGUACCAGAACUGCGUGGAGCAGGUCUUCGACUACGAAGACAUUGUCAACGUAACGACAAACCCGACGUUCAAGGCCGAGUUUGGCUACACGCUCAACACGUGGUACCAGGACGUGGCGUCACGGUUGGGCUCGCCGUCGGAGACGACCGAGCGCGGGCAGUACGUGGCGCUGUGCGGCUUGUUUGGUCUCUACUUUACGCUUUACCAGGAGACGCGGCUCGGCUCGCUGUUCAAGUCGCUGUGGGAGGCGUACACGGUCGUCCCGCUCAUUCACCUCUACGGCAACGUGGUCUGGGUCCCGACCGAUUUUCUAGCGCUGACGGUUCCCGAGUUGAUGGGUGCCGUGGCCAAGUCGGGCGAUGUCAACGCGGCACGCGGAGCAUACCUCUCGCGGCUGGCUUCGGAGCUGCCUUCACUCGCGCGCGAGUUCCACGAGCAGGUCUCCGGGUGGCAGGUGCGGAUGGAGUCGGACCUCGACGCGCGAGCCUCGCUCUCGGCGCUGCUCAACUCGCGGAUCCAGCUGUUUACGCAAGGCAUUGUGCUUGCAUACAACAUCGGCCACAUGUACAAAACAGCGAUGGGCCUGCACACACUCCUUCGCAAGCCGCUCACGCCGUCGCGGAUCAUGGCCCUCUGCCAGAUGCUCGAGCUGCUCAAGGCCAUCGAGCACACCUACUACCGCCGGUCGCCGCUCAUUGCCGACAACCUCGGGGCCAUGGUCCAGCAAAUGACGCUUGCGCUGCAGGCCUCGCUCGCGCCCAUCAAGAGCUCGCUGGAGCAGGCGCGGCGAGUGGACAACACUGUGCUCGAUGCGCUCGGGGGCGUUAACCUCGCGCUGGCGAUGCUGGAUGGGCCAGCAUCAGAGGCGCGGCGGAUGCUGCUGCACCUCGGCCUCGCGGUGGCCAACUCAAAGUCGGUCAUUCCGCCGGACGCGGCCCGCGAGCUAAGCGCGCAGCUGCGGCGGCUGGACAUGCUCUGCUCGCUGCAACGGAACCUGUACCUGGCGACCGAGACCUCGUUUGUGUACUGGUCGCGGGUCAUUCUCCCGACAUACCUCAAGGACGCGUACACGUCGCCGGCCACGGUCCACAAGCUCCCGUACAUGUUUGCGGCGCUGCAGGACGCGGCGGCGCUGCUGGCCAAGGUUGAGGACUUUAACGAGAAUGUUUCGCUCGCCUCGUUUGUGGACGAGCCGCUGGCGCGCGACGUCGAGGUCGAGCUGCGGCUGGCGUCGCACUCGGAGCUGCUGGUGGUGAAGAAGACUCCGUUUGAGGGAACCCGCGACUUUGCGCCGUACUUUGCGCUCAAGCCCAUGGUCCUCUUUGACCGGGUGUACGACGUCAAGGACGAGGUGACCCACUACCUCAACGUCAUGUUCUACGACCUGACCGCGGUCGCACUCCAGGACUGGAAGGUGUACGAGGAGAUGCGCAACCUGGCGGCGGCCAAGUGGGGCCUCGAGUGCACGCCGUCGCACCUCCGCGGGCACAACCAGCAGAAGAUGCUCGACGUCCUGGUCAUCAUGCGCAACAUCGGCGCGUUUGUGGCGCGGUACAACUACAACCUCAACAACCAGUUCUUCAUCGAGCGGAGCGCGGCGUCCAAGGCGCUCAACGCCAUCGACAUCUCGCACAUUGCGGCGUCGAUCCGGACCCACGGCGCCGGCGUCAUGAACACUGCUGUCAACUACGUCUUUGGCUUUCUCAAGGACCAGUUCACCACGUUCAAGCACUUUCUCUUUGACGACACUAUCCGCUCGCGGCUGAUGAAGGACAUCUCGUUCUACAAGAAGAACGCCGAGGCGCUCGGAAACGUCUAUCCAUACGAGCGCGCGCUCCAGUUCCACCGCGACAUCCGCAACCUCGGCACGCAGGGCGGGCUCUCGUACCUCGACCAGUUCCGCAUCCUUAUCACCCACAUCGGCAACGCCAUGGGCUACAUCCGCAUGAUCCGCUCGGGCGGCCUUCACGCCACCGCGUCAGAAAUCAAGUUUGUGCCCGACAUUGUCGACAUGCUCGCCUUUCAGGACAUGGUGGUCGAGGACGGGCUCUCGGCCCAGUCGCGCGACGCCGCCCGCCUUCUUGACUCGCACCUCUCGUCGCUCGCCGAGAACUUUGCCGAGGGCUCCGACUACUUUAAGAUCCUCGUCGACCUAUUCUCCACCGAGUUUGCGCAUCCGGACCUCGCCUUUCUCGCCAACUUUUUCAUCAUCAUCCCGCCGCUCACCAUCAACUACGUCGAGUACAUGCGCGAGUCCAAGGAGCGCCUGCUCAAGAAGAACAAGGACGGGGCUGCCUUUACCGACGACGGCUUUGCCAUGGGCCUCGCCUACAUCCUGCAGGUCCUCGGCCUCACCAAAGCCUUUGACGCCCUACACUGGUUCGACGCCGUCUCGGCCCGCGUCGCCGAGCAGGAGGCCAAGGUCGCCGACGGUGCCGCUGCCCGCUCCAAGAAGCGCGCCGACGUCGAGACUGCCAGGCUCACCCUCGACAAGCUGCGUGUUUUCAAGCGCGAGUUUGAUCUGCUGUACUUUACGUUUUCAGGCGCGCUCAUCUUUUUCCGGAACACCGAUUAA